CAUUUGAGGUCACAUUUCAUGGCGUAGAUAGUGAAGGACUUACAGACUGGUCUUGAUUUCAUUUUGUUUUUUGAAGCUUUGAUUGAUUUCUACGACUAAUACAUGAUUGUUCUGACCCCACCCUACAGUCAGGUGACUGACAUAUUUGUUGGCUGAGUUUCUCUUUCUCACUUCAUUUCCUUCAUGCCUCCUCACAGAGAGGAUUAAACUCCAGCAUGAUCAAGUUUUCUCAGGUUUUGUUUCUUCUAAACGCUGUGUGGACUCUAACCAGAGGAGAUGCAGAUGUCUUCUGUCAGUUGGGGCAGAGCUGCAUUUUACCCUGCAGUUUUCAAGCUGGAGAUGAGGCUGUCAUCCACUGGAUUCAACAGCCUGAACUAACCAAAAAACAGGUCCACUCCUUCUAUCACAACAAAGACCAACUGGAUCAGCAGGACGCAAGAUUCAAGAACAGAACAUCUCUGUUCCACGACCAGAUCUCCAAAGGAAACGCCUCACUGCGGCUGACGGGAGUGAUGCUUGAGGAUGAGGGCAGAUAUAUGUGCUACAGCAGCAUCCUCGCAGGAAAGGAGGAGUUCUUCGUCAACCUGAAGGUGUACGCUCCGGUUCAGGACAUCACCAUUCAGUAUUUAGAGAAUGAGAUCAUCUGCAGCUCAGAUGGGAUUUAUCCUGAACCCACACUCACCUGGACACCUGAUCAAACUAACCAAAAGACCAGACUGACUCAGACGGAGCAGAAACUCUACAGCAUCAGGAGCUCUGUGCCGUCUGCUGACAGCAUGGACGUCACCUGCACCGUCAGCACGCCAGCAGGCCGCAGGAGAGCCACUUUGGAGUCCACAGUCCAUGAGAAUAUCUUAGGAACUGAAACAAGUAUCUCCUGCUCAAACCUCACUCCCUUCACCAUGUAUAUCUGGAGAUUCAACCACAGUGAAGAGAUGGUGAGAGGAACACCACAGGGCCCCCACUCCCCCACAGAGAAGUGGCAGCAGCACAUCGUUGAGUCUUCAUUAGAGAAGCUCACACUGAAGCAGCUGCAACCAAACCUGACCGGGAUCUACACCUGUGAGGUCUGGAGUGACCAAGAGACCUUCAUAAAAAGCUUCUUUCUUCAUGUCACCGAAGAUAAUAAUAUGAAUACAAUUGGAAUAAUUGUUGGAGUAGUUGUGGGAGUUGCAGUCCUUGUACUAAUAGCAAUAAUCAUCUGGUUAAUAAAGAAAUGGGUAAGGACAACAUUUAUCCUCCAGCAGCUGACAUGCUCACACAUUUCUAUUUGAAUACAUGUUCUUAUCUCACUCUGACAAAGAGUCUGCAUGGACUUAGCUACACGUUAACUUCAGUUUUCCAAGGAAUUCAAUUACUGUGAUAGAAAUUCACCACCUUACAGUAAAGUUCACGUAGUUUAAGGAGAUCAGCUGUGACACACAUGACAGAAUGAUUAUUUAUGACUAUUUGAAACUAAUUCUGAUUCACAUUUUUGCAGAAGAAAGGCCCAACUAAAAGUUCUGAAGAAAUUGUGGAACUAAACGGCAAAGAAAGUUGAGAUUUAACUCAGAGUUUUUGGACGUUUUGGAGGAUCUCUGGAUCACACGGUCAGAUGAAGGACAUUUACAUUUUUGACUGAAUUGUCUGGUUUGGAUGUAACAGUGAGGAGCCUCUUCCUCCACCUUCUUCAUGUAAAGAGAACUUCUGGAAAAGAAGAGUUUCAUCAUACUCAAUACAUGGUAAAAGAUGGAGGUUAAGUCACGCUGUAAUGUGAAGACAGUACCAGAAGAACAAAAACUUUUAUUUUAUUAUUUGAAGGCAAAGAAUGAAGGUACAAAAACAGUGUUUACAUCUAAAGAAUUGAUAAGAACAGCAGAACAUUAAGACAAAAAAAAUCAGAUUAAAUAAAUACAAGUAUGUGAAAAAGCAAACAAAAAACCCAAACAGGUAUUUGAAAUGGUGAUCCAAAAACCAAACUAGAUCAAACAGGAAGCUAAAAAAAAAAGCUUUCAGACGGAAACAUUUCACCUGCUGCAGUCAUCAACAGCAGGGCACCCUGGUCUAGUACAAUCAUGGAGAAGAGACUUCUGUUAUCAGAGAAGAAUUGGAGUUUUAUUUAAAGCUCAGACUCUGGUUGGUUUGUUUUAUAACACUUGCGCUUUUUUAGAUCUACAUUUUAUCUUCAGCAGUGAAACAUUCACCUAAUCAUAGAUACAAACAGAUCACGAUGAGUGAAAAACACAAAACCUCUCAAAGCAAACACAUUACAUGUUUAAAGGCAGUGGUGUAGUGUUUAGCACUCUGUCCUCACCAUGAGAAGGCUCUGGUUCAAAUCCCAGCGGGAUCCGCUCUGUGUGGAGUUCACAAGUCCCUUUGAGCAUGUGGGGGUUUUCUCUGCCUCCUCCCACAUCCAAAAACAUCUUUACUGGGUUUACUGGUGAUCCUGACUGAGGUGUGAAUGAGUGACUGUGUUUCUGUGUGAUGGAGGGGUUACUGUUCCUUUCAGCUGAAGGUGGGUGGAUCAUGUUGAUGGAAGAAACACUUCGGUUAUUUUUUUUGUCUAAAUAUCAGAAGAUUGUUUGUUCAAUGUUUAUAAAGAAGGUUUUGCCUAAAAAUGUUUUGUUUAAAACAUUUGAAAGAAAUGGAUGCAUCUCCAUUUUAUGAGCCAACAAGUUUUUAUUACAAAAUAACUGUAGAUUUUUAAGGCUCUCUGACAAUUGAUUGUGGUGUUUUUUGAUAGAAGUCCAUUAAAAAAGAGCAGCAGUAUGGACUUGUUUUAACUUUUGACAUGUGAUUGUACUGUAAAUACUGUCAUUUAUUUAUUUUUUGAAGGUUGGGGAUAAUCUUAUUUUCAAAUUCGAAAUAAAAAAUCUUUAUGCACACUUGUGAAUUUGAUAAUAAAAAAAUAUAAAUAUAAUGAGAUUACUAAUUCAAAAAAGUAUAUUUUUGUUAAAUAAAAAGUUUUCAUUUGUUCUUUAUUUGGAAAUUGUUAGAGAACCAAAAGUACGUCCUGAAGUUCUAUGAAGGAUGUGCAGCUGCACCUGUAAGAACUACUGCCUCAAAUAUGUUCCUUUAAAAAAGCAAAAGAGGGAAGUCUGCUGAAAAAUAAUGAUAAUUACAGUCAAAGCACAAUAAAGUCAAAUAUCUGAGAUUACAGGUUCUUUCUGAAUGACUUCCAUGAAAGACAUAAAACCUGUCGGGUAAGAUUUCUGGUGUUUCUGAGGAAGCACCAGUUCAUCUGUCAUUAGCUGAAACUACUGGAGGGAAUGAAACAAUCACAGCAUGAAAUAUGUCCGGUUGUUCUUUCCAUGUGGACUCCAUCCUUCUGGAAGGUUCAUGAAUGUGUUCAGGCUCUCAGUCUUCCAUCUACAGAAUGUAGUUCCAGGACAAAGUCCAUGAGUCCAAAGCAGUGCAGAAAGAAUUCACCUCAGUGAGUCUGCUUCAUUUAGGUUUUAGUUCUAUCACACGUUUGAACUUUUUAAGCUCUAAAAUAAAAAUAUUUUUUUAAUAUCAAACUGACUACCUGAUUUGUCACUUUAUUGUUUAUUUUUAGUUUUCUAUUUGAUUUUUGGUGUAAGAGAAAUCUCUGUUGUAUUGUUCAAUUCUGUGUUAGACUUAAUUAUUGAUUUAACGAAGGCUUUGGUUAACUCUUACUAAGAAAAUAAAAUGUUUGAAGAACUGUCUGUGGCAUUUUUGUAUUAAAGAAAAGACUGGAAACCUGC